AUGGCAGACGUCUCUUUGGAUGAAGUGAUACGACAGCGCGGUAUUAAUACCAAGGUGCCCGCCAAACGACCGAUGUUUGGACGGGGUGCAGGAGGUGCAGGAGGUGCAGGAGGGCCAGGCAAGAGUUUUGAUGCCCGGCAGAGUUUUGAUGCCCGGCAGAAGAUCGGGGUCGGUGAUGUCAGACAGAGACUUGGAGGAGCAACGGGGUUUCAAGUUAAGGAUGCCAGAGAAAAGCUGGGUCAGAAGGAUGCUCGCUUCAAAAUCCGUGGCAGGGGAGGAGCAGGAGGAGGAGGAGGAGCAGGAGGAGUGCAAGAUGCUCGUCAGAUGAUCAACUCACGUAAACAGGGGCAGAGUCCGUUCACCGUCCCUCCACAGACCACGCUAAAGACAGCAGUAACACACCAAGUACAGAGCCAGACACUUGUGCCACAGAUACAGAUACACGCCGUCAAUAAUUUCGCUGGCGUGAAUAUGAGGCAGUUUACCCCCAAUGUACAAGGACUGAAUGUGAGGGGUAGCACGACACCACAGCUCAGCAAUAAUAACAAGAGAAUGAUGGACGCUCGCGACAGACUGAGCCUCAAGAGGAGCAUCGGAGGGACACAGUCACAGGCAGCUGCUGCAACGCCAUUUAAAAUAACCAAGACCAUCCAGCAACAUCCAAUGGGAAUGUCCGGUGGAAUACGUGCAGCUUCACAGCCUGUCUCCAAUGAUCACGACGGCGCGCCCAGUAAACAAAUAAAGAUCACUACUGCUAACAGUGUUCUACAAUCGCGGCCGGGUACAGUGGGUUCCGCUUUCUCCAUGUCAGCCCCGAUUACCAAGGUGUUUAAAAACGAUGCUUACACAGCUCCACGUCCCCCUGUCCCCGUGGCUCCUACCCGGCCCAACACCAGCAUGGCCGCCAGCCGGUCCUCAGCUGCAGCCUUGCAGCCAGUCUCCAGGACUCUUCAGCAAAGCCCAGCAGAAACCAGCAAACCACCUCCUGCUCCCCCUCAGCCUGCGUUCAGUCCUUUGGAGGGAACGAAAAUAACGGUGAACAACCUGCAUCCCCGGGUCACUGAGGAAGACAUAGUUGAGCUGUUCUGUGUGUGCGGUGCCUUGAAGCGAGCGCGGCUGGUGAAGGUGGGCGUUGCUGAAGUGGUGUUUGUCCGCAAGGAGGACGCCGUGAGCGCAUACAGGAAGUACAACAACCGCUGCCUGGACGGCCAACCAAUGAAGUGUAACCUUCAUAUUCAGGGAAAUGUCAUCACUUCUGAUCAGCCCAUUCUAUUGAGGCUCAGCGACACUCCGGGCACCGGCAGCGGUACAAAGAAAGACGGCCUGCCCCCCUCCCUAUCUCGCCCCGCCGGUCAGCGAGCCUCCUCUCAGCCCACUCCAGAGGUGGACCCCCAAACCAUCCUCAAAGCUCUGUUCAAGUCCACCACACAGUCCACCUCCACCACUGAGCCUCCCAGCUCACAGGCCACCGCCUUCCGCAUCAAGAUAUAGUCCCUGUCUAGUAUGAAUACACUGUCUGUUCAUAAACAUAUUACUGCGUUCUCAAUGUUCACAUACAAACUGUGAUUUUCAUCUCGCCCAGCAGGCAGCCUGCACACUCUCUCAUAUGAAGCUGAUUUUUACACAUUUGAUAUAAACGACUACUCUGAACGUGAAGUACAUGGAUACACAACAUCCUUGUUUUGAUUUUGUGGUAUCCAAAUGUCGCCUGUUUGUUCCUGAUGGACCAACUGAAAGAAGUGUGAUGUGAUUCGUUGUUUUAAUCCAAUGUGGUGGAGGAUGCCAAAUCACGCUGGAUGUGUAGGGAUUUUUUUGUUUGUUUUUUUCCCCCCAUUUUUGUGUCAAUUCAGUGCAAAUCUAUUUGGAUGUGAUGAGUUUUGGGUUUUUUUAUAUUCCAUGUUAACUUUACAUGUCCUCACCUCCCCAAAAAAGGAGAAAACUCAACAGAAAAGAUUGACAAACAGUUAGCAGUGUUUUCUUCACCAAGAUAUGUUCUGUACACUCACACAGCUGUGUUAAGUUAUAUUGUCUAUAACAUUAUCCUGCUGUUGUCAAACUAGGGAUGGGAAUUGAUACGAUUUUUUAAAAUCCCAAUAUUGUUAUCAGUUCUGCUUUAGGUUCAGUUCUUUAUCGAUUCCUGAUCUAUUUUCUGUUUUAAAAAAAACGGUAAAAGGCUGGAUUGUUUGGAGAUCAUCACCAAUUUCCCUCAGUAUUACUGUACAGCACUGCAGCGUGUUGAGCUAAUGGGCCGUCAGCUAGCCCGUUAGCCCCGGUUGGUAACAGCUGAUGGUCCACUGUCCAUUAGUUUGCACCCUUACCUCCACAGAACAUUGGCUCUCCCUGCAGCCCAGCCCGGUCACAAUACCAGGUCUUCAAGAUUAUUCUGGGUGUUUCUUUGCUGCCUCGGUCUUACCACCCAGACUCUUUCAUGUUGCAAGUUUCCAACAGUGUUGAAGCAUGAGUUCGACAUCAGUGUUUUUCAGUGUGCAACUAUCAGGAAAAACGAUAAAUUGGACAAUUUGGAACCGGUUCUCAAUUCCCAUCCCUAAUACUGACAAAUAAAAUAUACACAAUACAAAAAAAGAAGAAACACAAGAGUUCAAAGUCGAUACAGCUUGUCUGAUUAGACAGGCUGAUGAAAUAAAUCUCACUAAUUAAUAUAACUUACCUGUGUGAGUGGAUCACAGCUUGGCAGAAACCAUAACUUGAAUUUCAGUUAAGCAGUUCUCAAGCAGUCAGAUUAUGCUGAUGUUUAGUUUGGUUUUACCAUUCUUGUGGCAUCCAGAUUCUUGUGUGCUCUGUUUGUGACUGGGUUUACUCGGUUGUCCCGUUUUGAAGCAGCAAAAAUGUUUGGUUCUUUCUAUUCUACAUUACACACCAGUUAUGUUCAAAAACUGUAAAUGACUUUGCUUUCUUGGUAUGUCAUUCAUGAAGAGAUUAGAGAGGCCAGAUCUGUCUGUAAAAUGUCACCAUUAAAUAUUUAGCUUUGUAGAACUUGUCUGACACUUGUUUUUCCUCUGAGCCACAAGAUACAGUUAAUUUCCAAUUUUAGCUGCAUGGUGUAGUUCUGUUGUCAUGGUUGCAGAAACUGAAAACCAAAACCGGAUGGAAAAGUGGGUUAACAAGAUGACAAGAACAAUUUUGUUCAUUUCUAUUUCUCAACGUCAUAUUGG